AUGUCAUCCAAUCUACUUGCUAUAAAGACAUUGAGACCUGCAGUGGUCAGUCCAUCAUUGGACGCUGCUAGAAGAAGAUGCUUCAAGCUGUACAGAAACACAAUCAGAUCAUUGCCCGUGCUCGUUCAAUACUACAACCUCUCAUACAACAUUGAUGACAUGAAGAAGAGAGUUAAAGCCGACUUUAAACAAUAUCAAUCAGUUGCAGACAAGGGAAUGUUGGAUAGAUUUGCAUUCAUUGGUGAGACAGAGUUGUUUGAUGCAGUGUCAUUGCUCAAGACUAGAAGUCACGUCGUCAACUACUUUGAGGAACCAAUCGUCGUUCAGAAGCAACUGAGCGAGGGUGAGGAUCUGUUAAAGACAUUCUUUGCCAAGAUUUAA